AAAAUUCUCUCAGCUGUCCUUAAACUUUUAAGAUCUGUGAAAAUUAGUAACAAAUUAAGAAGACGUCGAGCGUGGCAGAAAAAAAAAUUGAACGGGUUUAAAAUGUCGAACGGGAAAUCGUCAAACAAAUGAACAAUUUCGAAAAGUAAUGCAAAUUUGCCGACGUCGAAGUUCACAUAAUGGAAGAAGUGGAGAUUAUUCCGAUUCGGAUUCAGAUUCCAAUGAAUCCGAUUCAAAUGAAGAUUUAUUUGAUAAAAAAUUUCUCUCCGGUGGUAGUAAACGCAAAAAUAGUCAAUCGAAUAAAAAUGGAUCCAAUUAUCGAGAGAGAUUCGGAAUGAGGCAAAAAAGACACGAGGAGAAAUCCAGUUUUCGAGAUAAUAACAUGGAUCAUCGUUCUUAUGGGGAUAAAAAUAUUUUAAAUCGCAAUAAAAAUUUGCAAAACUAUAGUUCUUUUAAUCAGGACGGCGAAAAUCGAAAAUCAAUUUGCGUCAUUCAAUGUUUUUUCAACGAAUUGAAUUUGGUAGAUCAAAGAGGUUUUCCAGAAAUUAAUUCCGUCUCUGAAAUAAUGACCGAAAAUAUAAUGGAUCCGGAAUUACGUGAUUUCGUGGAAGAAUCAAUUUUCGAGUGUUUUCAAUAUUUGCAAAAUAAUCGAAAUCAAGACAAAUGUAAAUUUUCACAAAAUUUACUCUCUUGCCUCUCCGACAAAGGCAGCGAGAGAUGCGACGACUGGAAUGACGAUUAAGUAUGAAAUUGUCCCUGACAAGAGAAAAUAAAACUUUACUUAUUAUUUAAAUCAAUAAAAAUAAAUACGUAAAAAUAAAAUGAAUAAUAA